AUGUCCGCCGUUCAGCCCGUCGCAGUUUACGCCCUGAGGGUUCCUGCUGGAGGUCUUUUGAUCCCUGCUGUUCCCGAUGCCGCUGCCAUGUUCCGCGUGAGCAUGGCUGCUAUCGAUCCCGAUGAGACUCCCGAGUUCGAGGAUGGAAACGUUCGCCCCAGAGCUACUCUCAAGAUCGUCCGUCCCCCUGCGGAUAUGGAUAUGGAUGAGUCGGAUGAUGACUACGAGGACGAUUCGGAGGAGGACUCCGAUGAGGAGCUCAAUGGCGGCCCCAGCGACAAGGAGAAGGCCCGCAAGCUCAGGGAGGCUGCUGCUCUCAAGGAGAUGCUGGAGGAUGAGGAUGACGAGGAUGAUGAAGAUGAUGAAGAUGAUGACUUUGAUCUGAAGGCUGCCAUCUCCAAGCUUGUCAAGGGCAAGGCCCCCGCUACGGGUGAUGACGAUGAUGAGGAGGAGGAUGAGGAGGACGAGGGCCUCGAGCUCGAUGAGAUGGUCGUCUGCACCUUGGACCCCGAGAGAAACUGCCAGCAAACCCUGGACAUCACCAUCAACGAGGGUGAGCCCGUUUUCUUCAAGGUUACCGGCACCCACACCGUCUACUUGACCGGUAACUACGUGAUCCCCGCCGAUGACCAUCACCACGAUGAGGAUGAGGACUCUGAGGAGGAGUCUGAUGAGGAUGACUAUGACCUGCCUCCUGAUGGAUCCUACGAUAUCAAUGACCUCCUCGAUGUCGACGAGGAAGACGAACUUGACUCUUUGGAGAAUCCCAGAGUCACUGAGGUUGAGAGCGACGAGGAGGCCCCCAAGCUGGUCGAUUCCAAGGGCAAGAACAAGCGUACCGCCGACUCUGACGAGGAGAUGGCGCUUGACGACCUGAUGGCCAAGGAUGGUAAGGGCAAGGCCGCCGCCAACGCCGAGCCUGCCUUGAGCAAGAAGCAGCAGAAGAAGCUCAAGAAGAACAACGGUGAGGCCGCCGCUGUCGAGGAGAAGAAGGAGGCCAAGGAGGGUAAGGAGGCCAAGAAGGUCCAGUUUGCCAAGAACCUUGAGCAGGGCCCUACUCCCUCUGGUCAGAAGCCCGCUGAGAAGGCCACCGGCACCCUUGGUGUCAAGGAAAUCAAGGGCGUCAAGAUUGAUGACAAGAAGCUCGGAAAGGGUGCCGCCGCCAAGAACGGCAACACUGUGGCCAUGAGAUACAUCGGCAAGCUCGAGGAUGGCAAGGUUUUUGAUGCCAACAAGAAGGGCAAGCCUUUCACUUUCAAGCUCGGCAAGGGCGAGGUCAUCAAGGGCUGGGACAUCGGUAUUGCCGGCAUGGCUGUUGGUGCUGAGCGUCGUAUCACCAUUCCUCCUCAGCUGGCCUACGGCAAGAAGGCUCUUCCCGGCAUUCCGGCCAACUCGAAGUUGAUCUUCGACGUCAAGCUCCUCGAGAUCAAAUAA